CUUUAUUUUCUUCAAAUACAUUUCAACUCCGUUCACCCCGCGAACUGAGGAUUUGUUUGUGAUAUUCACGGCUUGCAGAUGGAGACUCGAUAGCACAUAACGACGACACAGCUUACAACCCGCACUCACCAUGUUACCAUACAUCAACCUUCCUUUCGAAUAUGUCGCUGGUAUUCUGGGAACUUCAGCGGACGAGCUCAAGCUCAUCACGUCCUUCCUGCUAUCUUAUCCCCUCGCUGGCCUGCUCAAGCGGGUGCCCGAUGAAAAGCCAGCUCUAAAGAACCUCUUUAUCAUAAGUGUUUCAACCUUCUACCUGGUUGGGCUUUUCGAUUUGUGGGAUGGCUAUCGAACACUGGCGGUGAGCUCUGUCGGAGCAUACUGCAUUGCACAAUAUGUUCAAGGGCCUUUUAUGCCAUGGAUCGGAUUCUUAUUCCUGAUGGGACACUUAUCCAUCAAUCAACUAGCGCGACAGUUCCUCAAUGAUCCUGGGGUAAUAGACAUUACAGGUGCCCAGAUGGUUCUUGUUAUGAAGCUUACGGCUUUUUGUUGGAAUGUUGCAGAUGGGCGUCUGCCAGAAGAAGAUUUGUCCGAUUUCCAGAAAGAGAGGGCCAUGAAGCGGCUUCCGAGUCUACUCGACUUUGCAGGCUACGUUCUUUUCUUCCCUUCUUUGAUGGCUGGACCUGCCUUCGAUUACGUUGACUAUAAACGGUGGAUCGAGACCACAAUGUUUGAGGUGCCGGCGGGAGUUGAUCCUUCCAAGAAGCCACCAACUCGGAAGAAGAGAAAAAUCCCUCGAAGUGCAACCCCCGCCCUAUGGAAGGCAGCCAGCGGUCUUUUCUGGAUCUUGAUGUUCCUUCAGCUUUCAGGGUGGUUCUAUCCAGAUUUAUUGACAGGGGACACAUACAUGACUUAUGGAUUUACUCGCCGUGUCUGGAUCUUGCACAUGCUGGGCGUCACUACUCGUACCAAGUAUUAUGGGGUUUGGGCUUUGACUGAAGGUGCUUGCAUUCUUUCAGGACUUGGUUACAAAGGUGUUGAUCCCGCCACUGGCAAAGUUUCAUGGGAUCGACUACGGAAUGUAAGCCCCUGGGGAGUGGAGUCUGCGCAAAACUGUCGAGCAUAUCUGGGAAAUUGGAAUAUAAACACCAACAACUGGCUGCGAAACUAUGUCUAUCUGCGUGUAACUCCCCGUGGGAAGAAGCCCGGAUUUCGCGCCAGCAUGGCCACCUUUGUGACCAGUGCUUUCUGGCACGGUUUCUAUCCUGGAUAUUACCUCACGUUUGUUCUCGCCAGUUUUGUCCAGACAGCUGCUAAGAACUGCCGGCGCUACCUACGCCCUUUUGUCCUUGACCCGAAAACGGCCCAACCCACCUCAGCAAAGAUUUAUUACGAUGUGGCAUCCUGGUUCGCCACGCAGUUGAUUUUCUCUUUCACGACAGCGCCCUUUGUGUUGUUGACCUUACCAGCUUCCUUCCUCGUCUGGGCUCGAGUCUACUUUUAUGCCGUCAUUGUCACGACUCUCACCACGGCAUUCUUCGCAUCACCGGGUAAAGCAUUCUUAGUCAAGAAGUUGAACCGACGGGCUGGAACGACGGGCCCCCUGAAGCGGACUCAUUCACAGGAAAGCCUGACAAGCAAGGAGCCUGUUCUUGGCCUUCCGUCUGAGCCACAGGAAGAUCUUGAAGAAUUGGUUUCAGAAGUGAAGGCUGAGAUGGAAAGCAGGCAGAGGAAAGGAAGCAAAAGCGUCAAAGCUCCCUAUUUCCCUAGUAAAAGCACGAAGACAUAACGAGCAACAGCCAGUACCAUCUAGAUCUCGAUAAAGCCUCGUCAUUGUCUGGUAUUAAUCACAAGGAAGCCAGCACCUUGUCAUGAGUAAUGUAGAACAUAUUUCAGUCUACCAAUGAAUUGAUUCAAU